UGGACACAGAAACGGCCGAAAAUGGUUUCCAAAUCUGACUGCCAUGACGUUUUAUGAACACCAAGCCUCCUCUCAAAUCGACUCUCCUAUAAAGCAAAUAUCUUGGAAAUCUUCUCUCUUAAAUCUUAGCAUUGGAUUUUCGUGUUGAGAGAGAGAGAGAAAUGGACGCCCUUGAAAAUGUCGUAGAUCCUUUGAGAGACUUCGCCAAGGACAGCGUCCGCCUCGUCAAGCGUUGCCACAAGCCCGAUCGUAAAGAGUUCACAAAGGUGGCGUUCCGUACAGCGAUUGGUUUCGUGGUGAUGGGAUUUGUCGGGUUUUUCGUUAAGCUCAUCUUUAUUCCUAUUAACAACAUCAUCGUCGGAUCCGCUUAGGGUUGUAGAAACUGCUGGGGGAUGUGACCAGUUGGAUUGUUGCAGAUCCUUAUGAAAGAAGAAGGUUAUAAUGCCAGCUCUUCCCUUCUUAUCUUACAUUUUAUUAGUUGAACCAGUAGUCUUGAAUCUAAUCUAAACUCACUUGGAAUUUCUUUGAGCAAUUUGUAAUAGAUUAUGGUU